AUGUCGACAUAUCCGGGUUUCCUCAACAGCAACUAUAAGCCGAUCUCAAUCGAGCUGCCAUACAUCAAUAAUACGGCGGGUAUGCUGGGACCAUGGUUGUUGGCUUCGAUAUUCUGUCUCAUGAUGGAGGGUAUCCUUCUGUGUCAGACGUUCAAUUAUGCAGUUGGAUACCCACAUGACCGUCUUAUGCUUCGUCUACUUGUUGGUGUAUCGGUGUUGUUCUGCUCGUUCAAAGCGGGGCAUAUGAUAUACAUUUCGUGGGACUUUUUCAUCGCACACUUUGGAAAUUAUCUUUCGGCAUCGAUCCCCACUGCAAGUGUUAAGCUCACUGGACUCGAGUCAAGUAUUAUCGGGGCUAUGAUCCAAGCAUUCUUUAUACAUAGGACAUUCGUUCUCUCUCGCAACUGGAUCUUCCUCGUGUUGACCAUACCAACACUCCUCCUUGGUCUUGCGGGGGCACUGAUUCUGACGAUCCUAGUGUUUGAUCUUAAACUACUUACCAAAAAUGGCGUCCUACUCAAUGCUUCCGCCAACAUGAUGGUCUCUUGCGUCGUGAUCUGCGAUGUCUUUAUCACGGUUUUCACUUGCUGGUACCUUCUCCGGGCCAAGACUGGUUUCACUGCCACCAACAACUUGAUUACCCGUCUUCUCUAUACGGCUAUCCAGUCUGCCUUGCCCCCAACGAUCUGCGCAAUCCUUAAUUUGUAUUGGAACUCCCGCGCAGCGUCAACAACUUGGGUUAAUUUUUUCAACUCCUUGAUGCCAUUCUUUUACGUCUGCUCCAUGGUCUUCACUCUCAAUUCACGUGCGAGCGUAUCGCGAUCUGGUACUAGUUACUCAACGGGCGGAAACGCGUAUGAGAUGCGCACAGGUAACCGGAACCCCACAGGGCCUGCGUCCCGGGAUCAAGAGACGACCCGGCCGGAAGUCUACAUCAGCCGACAGACCCACGUGGACGCUAUUUCGUCGCGCAAUGGGGUACAGACUUUCGAUGCGAAAGAGAGCAACGUCUAUACUUCGGACCAAGGGUCCGUGCACAAGGUCGUUGCUCUUACCGGCGACGAUGGUGAUGAUGACGGAUCCUCGUCCUAUCGUAAAGGAUCGGCCGUAUAG